AUGCACACGAUGCUCCUUUUAAGCCUCUCCCUAUUGGUCUCCGUCGCGUUUUCCCAACUCGCGACGGACUGUGUAGCACUCCCGAAGAAUGCCGACCUACUGGCCGCCGGACCGCAAAGCACGCUCCCCGACCCAUUCCUCAUGUUCAACGGUGAUCGCGUCACCCGGAAAUCACAGUGGAACUGCCGUCGACAGGAACUCAUGGAAAUCUUCCAACGAACUGUUUACGGGAAAGUCCCCGGUCCACCCGAGGCGCUCACCACCCGGCUCAACGGGACUGACCUAGUCAUCGAUAUCACUCAUGGGGAGGAAUCCAUCUCGUUCUCCGUCAACAUAACACUUCCCCGAAUAGGCAUACCCCCGUACCCAGCCAUCAUCGCAUUCGGGGGCAUGACCAUCCCAGUGCCGGAUGACGUUGCGGUGAUAAUCUAUAAAAACGAUGAAAUCGCCAGGAUCGCGUCAUCCUAUAACUCGGGCAAAUUCUAUACCCUAUACGGAACGGAGUUUGACGCCGGUCUCAUGGCAGCCUCCGCGUGGGGUCUCUCUCGCGUCAUCGACGCACUCGAACUUACGCCCGAGGCCGCGAUCGACGCGCGCCGAUUAGCGACCACGGGCUGCUCGCGCAACGCCCGAGCCGUGCUCUUGGCCGGAGCCUUUGACGAAAGGCUGGCUCUCACCAUCUCGCAGGAGGCGGGGGUGGGCGGGGACGCGUGUUGGAGGAUCGCCGAGUGGGAAAAACAGCAAGAGAGAUUCAGCAUAUGCGACACGCAGUGCGACGAGCCGCCCGACGGCCUUGGCCGAGCUUUCGGCAACUUCUCCAGGGACCCGGAUAGCUUGCCCGUGGAUCAGCACGAGUUGGCUGGGUUGAUCGCUCCGAGGGCUCUCUUGGUUCUGCAGGCGGAGGCGGAUUGGCUUCGACCGCGUGCGUCGUUCGCCUGCAUGGUGGGUGCUCGCCGGGUGUGGGACGCUCUGAAUGUGUCGGAUCACAUGGCAGUUUCGAUGGCGGGCGGUCACGGCCAUUGCGUGUUUCCGGAGAGACAGCGGACUCUGCUUGAUGCCUAUAUUCGCAAGUUCCUCGUUCGGAGUGAUGAGCCAUCCGGCGACACGGACUUGCUGGAGGGGCUAGGAGACUCUAGUACACGACCAGUAAAUAUUCUUGAGUGGGUGCAGUGGGAGACACCAAGUCUAGAGGAUUGA